AUGCAUCCAAACACUGAAGGAGAGCGGCGAAGAGAGAACAAUCAAGCACAGAAACCACGAAAUCCCCUCAAGCAUCCUGCCUUCCGUGGCUAUGUCGAACGGUUCGAGCGGUGGACGACUGCCACUCUUGAGUGGGUUGACUGGUUUGAGCCAGAUGAGUGGAAGAAGCGGCUCGCCAGUACCCACAAGAUUUCUCCCGAGGUUGAGAACAAGCCAUUCGUCGAAUCCCUGAGGGGAAACGGAAUCGAGUUCGAUGAUAUCCCGUGCUUCAUCCAGCUUUCCAAGAGCUCGGCUCGCUGGGACCGUCGCGUAUCGCAAAUCGAAAGAUUUUGCGCGAGCGGCGAAUUCGUCCUCCAGAACGCGAUCGCAGGGGACCCAGAGAGAUCUGAGUUGAUCGGAACACAGGAGCCAGAAGCAUGGGUUUCUGAUCGAAACUGGGUUGACGAGGCUCUUGUUGGCCCUCGUCCCGACUACCCACGAAUACUGGACAACAAAAGGCUCUUCCUGGUUUUGCAGAAGAAGGUGCGUAAAACGCAAAGCUUGUCUCAAAAGUCCGAUGCUGACCAUUUUAGCUACAUCAAGAACCCGAAUGGAGCAAGCGUGGUUGCCAUGAUAAAAACAACACCGGCUUCACAGGUAGAGGGUUUUCGUAACCUCUUUGCUGACUACAUCACCCCCACGCCAGAACCCAAGUUCAUAUUAAGAGAGUCUCCCUGGUGGGGUGGUUGUUUCGUUAUCUCCUUCAAUGUCCCUUACUACGGCAUCAGCACUCGGGACCUCCAGGACUGUCGGACCAUAUCGAACGGCGGGAAGCGGCUCCGAAACCGUCACGACCUUGACUUUCUGCAUCUUAAUGGUUACGAUGAAUUUGACGAUGAGAGAUCUUCCUUCCACGAUCACGCCAUUUUGCAUGAAGCUGUUUAUUCUCUCACAGUAACGGGCAAAAGUGACAAGUAUUGGACCGCGGUGUGCUUGGACGAUCAUAUCUUUGACGAGGAGUCCAACUUGGAGUCGGAUGAAGAAACCUUGGAGGUGGAUGGAAAGUCAGAUCCCAUUCUCCUCCAGGCGGAAGGCGACCUCACCAAGUCGCCAAGGGCCUAUGCGGUUGCGGCACUCAAGAUUGCUCUCGACAAGAUUGUUGAUCACCACGGGAACCUACAAGACUGGUUCAAGGCCAGCUUUUCUCUCCAUACUUCCGACGCAGAAGACGGCCCUCUGGAGAAGAUCUCAGCCGAGGAAAUGCAUACUUGGUUAGAAAAGUUCCCCAAAACUCUCAGCCAUGUGACCCAUUCCACCUCCAACCUGGUUACAAAGCUGGACCACUUUUUGGCAGAGGACGUCAUUUUCGGCCAAGAUGGGCUGCCUCGAGGCGUCCUAUGGCAAAGCCUGCAGAACGAUGCGAAUGCCUUGCGGUCGCUACUUGCAAUUAAACAGUACCGCAACCAGCUCCGUGACAUUGUGGGUGAGCUCAGGCAGCUGGCACUUGCUUGCAAGGAAGUGAGGCGACAGAGACAAACCGAUAAUGAAGGCGAGCAACAGAUCAUAACAGGGCGGGUUUACCGAGUUGCCAUUGCAGCAUUUGGUUUUACGAUACUGAACACGGUGGCCCAACUCUACUCUGCCAAGCCAGGCAAUGAUGAACCGGGGUCCUGGCCUUCGUACGUGGCCAUGGUGAUGUUUUGCGUUUUGAUGGGUGCUGUCAUAGCUGUAUACCUGUUCUGGCAGCAAGUAAGGCUGUGGUUUUCGCGCCUGGUUGCAUUUCUAUCGGGAAUAUUCCGAGCCUGA